GAUUCUCUCUUCUGACUUCUCAGUCUUCCCUCUCUGUUCCAACAAAACAUCUUCCAUUACCAAUGGCUGGCCUUCAACAGUACAACUUCUUCCCCACCGACCUCUUGUACCCUCGCCCGCCACCGUCUGUGGCUCCCGCCGUGCUUCCCUUGCAGCCCCCGAAACAAGAAACCUGUUCUGAUCUUCAUCUUCAGAAUCAGACCAGGAGCUUCGUCAAUGUUCCACCUUCCACUUCUGCUUUGGUCGCGUCCCAGAAGGCACAAUCUUCCUUUGAAGUCGAUAAGAAGCUAUCGCAACUCUCCACAGAUCCGCUUUCUUUGCUCUUUUGGGUUGCCGAAGAGGAGGGUUCCGACACUUUGUGAUUUCCCAGGGACUGACCUUUUCAUGUUUCUAGGACUCUGUAAAUUGUUCAGGGGACCGAUCGUUUUCUUCUUUCUUCUUUUAACCCCCAUUGUGUCUUUGUUACUUUUCCUGCCUUAGAAUCCCCCUUCUUUCAUCUUUUACUGCAGAUUGAGUUUUAUGUAUAUUUGAAUGUUGAAGAGUUUACAUGACAUGAAAGGUCAUAAAUGACUGAUUUUAAACCGAACUGAACCUUAUGGUAUUGUG